GUAAGGCCGAGCUUGGGGCCGCCGGGAGGUACGGGAGGGAGGAGAGGCAGCAGCGGCGAGUGGGGAGGCGAGCGGGCCUGUGUCGCCAGCGGCUCCCGAGCGCCCGCGGCUGCCGAGUCCCCCCGCCUCCCUGGCCGCGCAGCCUGCGGACACCAUGGCCGGCGAGACCGAGGAUCCGAAUGGCCGGGAGGCGCAGACCGUCUGCGACGCCCUGGGGCGCUACGAGGACACGUUGCGGGGCGCCGUCCGGGAGAUCCAUGUGGACAUCCAGCUGUUCAAGCAGGGGGUAGGGCGGCAGGUGGAGGAGGUGCUGCGCCUCGCCAGCCCCCUGGCACACACGGUCUCGGAGCUGCAGCAGGAGAACCGGCGCCUGCGGGCGCAGCUGGAGCGCCUAUCUCGGCAGGUGGAGGCCCUGGGCCGGUCGGCGGGGCUGCCGCAGGAGUGGGCGGACGAGGCAGUGGAGAGCCCCCAGGCCGCGGGGCCCGCCUCUCCGGCGCAGGGUUCGGCCGACGGCACGUUCGCCAGCCAUGCCAAGCCAGCGGUCCCUGGCCGAAGCCAAAGUGUGAACCUGGAUGACCACCACAAACCUGAGUUUAGAAGAGUUUUUAGUUCUUCCAUCAUUGAAAAUGGGUAUCGGUCUUCAUCAGGAAGUCAGGCAAAAGUCUGCAAUGAACUGACUUCUUUUCAGAUGUCAGACUCUUCUUCCCCUGAAGCCCAUGCCCCUGCAGUAACCCUACAGAUGCCCCACCUUCCCGUUACUGCAGUAACCAGAACAUCUGAGAAGUUUUCAGGAGAGAACAUCUGUUCAACAGGAACAACUAAUGCAUCUGCUGGCCUGCUGGGACAGAGCAAGAGCAAAAAUGCAAUGGCAGUAAAAACUUCCAACCAGCCAGAGAAUGCCACUUCUGUCACUAAGUCUGUCUCAGCUGUGAGCUAUGGGAUACAGAGUGGAACCAAAACUGGUGAAAGUGCCACUGAUGGUUAUUGUGAAGUGCCCCCUAGCUCUCACUCCUCUCCUCCCACUGUGCAUCACCCAGUUGAAAGGAGACGGGAACUAGUGCGAUCUCAGACGCUCCCACGGACUUCAGGAACUCAGGCCAGGAAAGCACUUCUUGAGAAAUUUGAACGUGAUGAUGCAAAAGGAAAAGGAGAAUCCAGAGCUAAGCUGAAGAGAUCGCUGAGUUUUGGGGUUGCCAGCGCUAGCAGCAUUAAACAAAUUCUCUUAGACUGGUGUCGCUCAAAAACCAUAGGAUACAAGCACAUUGAUCUCCAGAACUUCUCCUCAAGCUGGAAUGAUGGGAUGGCGUUCUGUGCUCUUGUGCAUUCUUUCUUUCCUGAAGCUUUUGAUUAUAAUAAGCUUGACCCAGCUAAUCGCAAGCAAAACUUUGAGCUGGCCUUCACCACGGCUGAGAAAAUGGCUCACUGUGACCGUCUGAUAGAAGUGGAUGACAUGCUGAUGAUGGGUCACAAGCCAGACCCAAUGUGUGUCUUCACCUAUGUCCAGUCUCUCUACAGCCACCUACGACAUUUUGAAUAAAACCAUCGACACCUCUCCAGCUAGAAGGGUCAAGUACAGUAUGCUAAUGGGAAGAAUGGCAUUUUGCAAAUGGAGUACAGUGGUAUUUCUUGCUUGUUACUGUCUCUUUGCUUACAUUCAACUGUGUGGCUGGCUGACUGAAGUGUUGCUGAGCAGUGCCCUGAAGUGUUGAUCACAUCAACAUGUAUGGAAAUAGGUUUGAAAAAGACAAAAGAACAUAGGCAAGGGCAAAUGCUGUCAUUUUGGUGCUAUAGUAGGUUGGAUUUUUAAUAUUUUUAUGAAUAAAGAUCACAGGAAGCUGUUUUGCUUCUCUUAUCUCUGUAAGGCUGGGAACACAGUUUUAUGCAGUGACAAGUAACUCUGUUAUGAAGGUGUUCCCUCUUAAAAUGCAGGUAAAACUCGAGAAGAUAGCACCUUCACUUCCACUUCUCUGUUGGGCAUGGUACAAAAGAAAUAGCAGAUGGACAAGGAAUAUUCUGUUUAGUAAAUAAUAACCUAGAGUACUCAACCAGUAGGGCAAUAUUGCCUCUCCUGCAACCCUGCCCCUCUACCCCAGCACACACACACACACACACACACACACACACACACAGAGAUCAAACAGGCAUUGUUUUGUUCUCUUAAAACAUAAAGAACACAAAAACUCUGGUCUGAUGCCUGUGGUGACAAAUAACUACCAAGUUGCACACCAGCGUUUGUCUGUAAUGCUCACAUCUAAAAUUAUUUGCUUAGAGACAUGUUAAAGCCUCAACUGGCGUUCUUGGAUUAAUUUCUUAAUCAUGAAGAAUGGCAACAGCUGUUCUGUGUGUGAGAUUGUGUGCUUGCAUAAUUUAUGAUUAAAAGACAGGUGGGAGCUGGCAAGGUACAAACCUCUCUGAACAGUUGUAAUAGAAAUAAGGCUGUAAUGUGCUUAGACAGGGACUCUGUAGGAAAGCAGCUCUCCAGGGUGGAUGUAAGUGAAUUCUCUACAACUCGUUUGGUCCUCAUGCUGACCCAGAGGUAGACAGACAAUACACCAAAAAAGUACAAAAGAUAUCAGUGUCUUGAAAUGCCUUGUACUACUUUCAGUUUUCAGUUAAAUUAGCAUUGAAACCACGAUACAGUUCGAUUAUUCCAGAUUUACUAGACAAAAGGAUCAUGUGUCACUCUUUCUGGCUUUCUUUUUGAUAAAGCAACAGAACCUUGUUUUCACAGUGAAUGUUAAAGUCUAAACCACUCAGAAAACAUACUUUAAAAAUGCCUUUUAAAAUUAUUUCUUCCCUAAGAACAGGCUCAUAAAAAGUAAAAACUGAAAGCCAGAAGCCCUCUGCUCAUGCUAGAGAAUGUUUUUUUAACCUGCACUUGUGCUUUUUGUAGACAUUUAUAAAGAUUACUUUGGUUCUGUAUUGAUGACCAUUUACAAUAAAAUAUGUCAAGCCCUCUUCAGAUUUAUUGCAUCUCUCUAGAAUGAAGUGACAGGUAACGAAGUCAAAUCAGUGAAAACUACACAGAGCUUUUGCUUAGAAGAUUUUAGUUCUAUUCAUGAUGUUCUAUGCUCUGAAUUUCAGUUUUAAAAAGUACAGAAGUUCAGUUGCAUUUGGAAUAUGAUUUCAGUUCAGUCUCCCUUUCUAGUCAGGUUUUCUUCAGAAACCAUGAAUGAAGCAACCAUUUUAUUAGCAGUCUCAGGAAACAACAACAAAACCACCAAAAGUGUACUGAGGCAAAGUAUAAGUUAUCUGCUCUAGGUGUGUAUCAUCAGGUUCUGUUUAUAGUGUAGUUAUGCUGUUGCUGUGACACUAUGGAAACUGUUUGAGAGACUUUUAAAUACAUAUAAUAAUAUAAAGAGCCAAAAGAUACUUAAUCAAAUUAGCAGAAUCCUUGGUACUGUUAAUCUCACAGCUUUCAUGCAAGUGGACAGAGAUAUGGUGGGCUGUUCAUAUUAGUCAUGUAACGGCCAUUGUCUUGAAUAGCCAUAAUUCUGAGGAGUAAGUGUGCGCCUGGAACUCUACCAAAUGCCCUGUAAGGAGAAACACACUGUACUUAAGGUUUGGAGAAGUUUGGAUUAAGCAUGAUGAGAAAUCUGUCCAUGGCUGCCACACACAAUACACCUAUUUACAUUCUCACAGCAGAAUACUUUUUAUUGACUAGCAGAGCCAAAUUCCAUCAUAGCUACCACAAGAGGAGCAAUACUGGCUUUAUACAUUGCAUUUUUUCACAGUCCCAAGGCAUGGAUGAUUUUACUGUACAAUAUGAGUGCUAAAGUCACAGGUAAGUGCUUGGCCAAUUUAGGCCUAGUAGCAUGUAAUUAUAUGAAGGAAGUUUUAGACAGUAAAAUUAUUGCCAAUUCACCAGGGUGAAUUUACACCCUUUCUGUAAUUUAGCUUUUUUUCACAGCUACCCAGAAGGUCUUUGUACAGGUUUUCUAAAGUCUUCCCACUUCAAAGAGGUGAUGGUAAAGAUACCUGGUACUUGCCAGCAAACUGAUUGCAGGAAACUGGAAAACUGUAAGCUGAAUUUAACUGUUGGUGUUUCAUGUGUAAGAAGAUGAAGGAGAUAGUGCUAUGACAUAAUUUUAGAAGAACUUACAGCUUUGUGCAUUAAGAGAUCUGAUUUAUAUGAAUAACCUCGACUACUUGAUUGUAUGAUUAAAUUGAAAUUAAAGUAUAUAAUGUGUGCCCCAAUGGAUUUUCAGUAUCUUUAUUAUUUAAAAAAAUGCAGAGAGCAUGUAUGUACAUAUGACAGUAAAUGUGUUUAGCAUGAGUAAUAAAGAGAACAAUAUAUUAAGUUGGCAUAGUAUAUAUUUUACACAAAUGGACUACUUCUUAGCUUUUCUAGUGUUUCUGCACUGUAUUUAAAAGUGUCUAAGGUUGUUUAUUGGCAACUUGAUUCUGCUUUUAAAGGCUAGAUUAGUUUGUUCUGUGCAGUAUUUUCAAGGUAAUGGCAGCAGAGGCAUCAUCUACUUUUUAAGAUUAUGUUUGUGUACAACUUCCCCUAGGAAGGUCCUCCUCUUUGAAAGUAUAAUAAUUGGAUGGAUGCCUUUUAUCACUUCUCCCUUUGUGUGACACUUGCAAUAAAGUGUUUAAACAUA